AUGGGACUUUACGUUUCGGCGACGCGUGCAUCCAGCGCAACACAGGGUUACAGCAUGAAGAGCGAAGUUGAAUUUGUCAAAUUGGCUUGCAACAUCACGUACAAGAUUCUAGAGAAGGAGUCUCUGCCCUCACAUUGCCUGAGAAUUGCCAGAUUCUGGAUAGUCCGGAGAGGUGUUGCCCAUCGAGACCUUUCCGGCAGAGCAAUGCGUAACCUGUCGGCCGGGAACGGGAUUGAAAAAUGGUCCAUUCCGCCGGAGCCGGCAUUUCCGUCGACCGAGUGUGCCGCAGCGCAGCAAGCUUUACCUAGAUCUGACGUCUGGCGUAGCUCCCGCUCCUUGUUGACGCCUCGUGAUUUUCGUACUCCCAUCUUGGUCAAGUGGGCGGGCACUAUCUAUGGAAUGCGCUCCGGCCGACAGCCCCGCAGGUCCGGGGACGGGAGCUUUGGAAAGCCCCUCACCGGUCGCAGCUUCGCGGACCGAGGAGCUCCAAAGUGGCUCGGCGAGGCGCAAACAGCCCAAAGGACUGCAGAGGCGCAACGGGCUGGACCCUUGGCGUUGAUGAUCAUGAGUGGCUUUGCGGGGUCAGCAGUGGACGAGGCCAAGGAAGCCAAGUUUUGGUGUUGUGGCUGUGGGCAUGUGAAGACGAGAGAAAGGCUCAGAGGAGUGGAUGAGAUGAAAGUUGAGAUGCGAUGA